GACAUGUAGUGUGGGCGCAGGCAGUUUCUUUGGAAACCAAAAUGGCGGCCAACAGUAAAUAAUCAUACGAUUAGUAUUUGGAGUUCAUUAGCAAAUUAUCUGGAAAAUGCCUUCUAUAGAUAAGGUGAAGAAAUUCAAACCUAGGGUCAUGUGUUGGAAUGAUCUAACACUAGAAAACAUCGAUGAUAUUCUCAAAUUUAAUUCCGCAGAGGAAACGCAAAGCUAUUUGGCUGACAUUUUCCACUUGGAGAAUCACACAGAGGAUCUUAAAGCUGGAAUACUGAUUGAUCUCUACUACUAUUCCUUACAAUUUGCAAUCGAUGGCAAUUUCAACAGAGAGCAGAUUUCAGCGUUUUUCUCCAUUGUCAAAUCUGUACAUGAAAUGGCAGUAGAUACACCAUUUGGUAAUGUUGACCCUGUCUAUGAAUAUUGCAAGGAAUUAAUCCUCUGUCAUAGUGUUAAGAGACCACCAUUUAGCAUUGAGCUUUAUACUGUGGAUCAAGUAAAGAAAAUCACAACAUACAUAGUGAACACGUAUUUUAGACACUACAAGAUGUAUAAAUAUGCAUUCACCCCAAAGGUUCGUUUGGAUCUUAGCAUAGAGUAUGUUGGUUUGCCAGAGACUCCGGCUCCAUCUGAAGGUGAAGAAGAAAAUGUGGAAGGAACUGAGAGUGAAGAGGCUGUCACUGGAGAAGAGCAAUCAGUAGAAGCUCCUGAAGAAGAACAAAUUGAAGAAACACCAGCUAUAAAAGAGCUGAAAGCCAUGAUAUCAUCAGCACUUAAUGAACAAGUGCAACAGCUCAAGACCAGCGUGGAAGAGCAAAUAAAAGCUAAAGAUGAGGAGAUUGGCAAGAAGAUGGGGAUAAGCCUUGGUACAUCUUCAAGUUCACCAAAAAGCCCCCGCAGCAAGGGCAAGAAAGGCAAAUAAGGAUUGCAACUUACUCAUGGCUUUGUGGAGUUUUAUCCCGCUGUAAAAAAAUAUUGUGUAUAUAUUGAUGGUUAAUAGAUAUUGUUACUGAAAUAAGUGUUGCACAUAUUAAAUUAAGGCACCUUAGGCUAAGACUCAAAGUACAAUACACAGUGUGCGUAAUGACAAA